AUUACAGGAAGGAGGCGCUACAGAUCCGCUGCACGCCAGAUGUUGUGUUGAUUUGCGGGAUUUGAUGAAUGAGUGUUGUGAGUGCGGGUUUUACCGGAGAGUCAUUAAUAAUAAUAAUAAUAAUAAUAAUAAUAAUAAUAAUAAUAAUAAUAAUAAUAAACACAUAAACGAUUUUGCUGGUCGGAUUUUAUACGGAUGUUUCCUGUUUCCGGUUUGAUGGCUGUAAACAGCUCGGUGUAGUGAAGCGAUGUUUCAGAGCUGCAGCAUGAGUCCUGUGCAUUCCCUGGUUGGGAAUCCAAAUACCGCACAUCCAGUGGCGGACUGAUACUGAGGUUGUGUUUGAGCGGUGGAACUUGGUGUCCUGAAUGGGUGAGGGAUAUGAAGACCCUGUGGACGUUCCUGAGGACAAGCUGCUUUGAGAAAACUGUUCCCCGAUUUUGAAGAACGUCAGAGAAUCUGAUGAGGGGAUUUACAUUUAAAUCCGUCUGUAGAAUGGAGACUGAUCGAGAGCGUGGAAAUUUUGGUGGAUGCACCAACAAAGCCACCAAUCCCAAAUAAUGCACUGAAGUUCCUGCCUCUCCUCAAGUGUUAAACAGAUGAAGAAACACACGCAAAGACAAACUCAGACAUGUGCUGCUUGCUGUAGCUGCUGAAGAAGCUUCUGUGUUGUAUGUGUUACCCUUCUGAAUUUCUCAGUUUCACUAUAAAUAGCACUUUAUCGGUUUGGGAGAAGAUUAAAACUCUGAUAUGUGAGGAAAUCGUUAGCACACAGCCUCACCGGCUAAUUUAUGAAUUCCACAGUACUGAAAAUCCACCGUCCUGGAGGAACAAAAUCUGCCAAUCAGAAUGCCCUAUCCAAUGCUCUGGGUUGUGAUUGGCUUCUGGCUACGAUGCAUGCAGUGUUGGAGAUGGGAAGCAUCAUUCGGACAUCACGCAGCCAGCCAGCCUCCCAGUUCAUCGCGUGUUGCUGUACCGAGUAGUUCUUUCGCUUUGCUAUCACUGUAAAUGUGUAAUUUUUUUCGGCAAGCCCUACGAUGUCGCCCAAACGCUCUGCACCUUCUAAGGCUUCUGGCAAGGAACCUAAGCGCCAGCGGAAGGUUAUGACCCUCCAUGAGAAGGUCAAAUUGCUUGAUAUGCUUGCAGAAGGAAAACCCUUUGCUGCCGUAGCACGCCAUUACGGACUAAAUGAGUCGACUGUUCGCUACAUAAAGAAGGGCGAAGCCAACAUCAGGAGUACCGUAGCAGUCACUUGCAUCCAGAAUGCUAAGAGGACGGCAACUAAACGUAACAAGUACAUUGUAAGGAUGGAAGCAGCACUGGGCAUUUGGAUAAAGGAUUGCAGGAAGAAAAACAUUCCGUUAGACACCAAUGUCAUCAGGGAGAAGGCCAGGCAACUUUAUGAACAAUUAGCUGGAGAAGCAUCUGCCCAAAGUCAUGCCGAGGAUGACCCACAACCAGGAACAUCAAAGGCACCAGAAGAGCACAUUACAUUUCAUGCCAGCAAGGGCUGGUUUGAUAGAUUCCAGAAGAGAUUCCAGCUCAAGAGUGUACCCCUGCAUGGGGAAGCAGCAUCAGCGGACGUGGAAGGAGCCAAGAAGUACCCCAGGACGUUAAAGAAAUCAUUCGCUAUCAUUGAAGACAAUGGAUAUUUGCCAGAACAAGUUUUCAAUAUGGAUGAGACUGGCUUGUUCUGGAAAAAGAUGCCAUCCAGGACUUUCAUAAUGAAGGAUGAAGCCCGAACCCCCGGAUUCAAAGCUCAGAAGGAUCGAGUGACAUUAAUACUGUGUGGCAAUGCUGCUGGGUUCUUAAUGAAGCCAGCAUUAAUUUAUAAAUCUGCAAACCCCAGGGCCCUGAAAAGAAAAAAGAAAAACCUUCUGCCAGUCCACUGGAUGCACAACCCUAAAGCUUGGAUAACAGAAGCCCUUGUAUCAGACUGGUUCUUCCAUUGUUUCAUCCCUGCAGCCAAAAUGUACCUCAGGGAAAAAGGGCUGCCUUUCAAAGUUCUUCUAGCCAUGGACAAUGCUGUCAGGCACCCACUAGAUUUAUCAUACGAAGGGGUACAGAUUGUGUUCCUCCCAGCCAACACAACAUCCCUCAUUCAGCCUUUAGAUCAAGGCUUCAUUCGCACCUUUAAGGCGUUGUAUACUAAGAACUUGAUGCAGCACCUCGUCGAGGCCAUGGACUCGUGCAGCAAUUUUUCGUUGAAGGAGUUUUGGCGUCAGUUCACCAUCGAAACCUGUCUUCAAGUCAUACAAAGGGUCCUGCAGGAAUUGAAACCAGAAACGCUAAAUGCAUGCUGGAAGAAGCUGUGGCCAGAAUGCGUCCAUGAUCACAAGGGCUUUUCUCCGGAGGAAACGCAGCAUUCAGCGGUUGAGAAGGCUGUCAAGCUAGCGAAGAUUCUAGGAGGAGAAGGUUUUGACGACAUGACCACAGAAGACGUGAAUUUCCUCAUCGAUGCCCACUCGGACCCACUGACAGACGAGGAUUUGGCAGAGCUAAUGAAAUCUGCAGGUGAGGAGGAAGAGGAACAAGGUGAUCCAUCACAGGAGGAGGAGGAAGAGGACGAAGGCCUUUCGCUAGAAAGACUGGAAAUAAUGAUGAAAACAGCAAAAGAACUGCAGGGGAUGGCUGAACUAUGGGAUCCCUCUAUGGUUCGGAUUAUGCAAUUCAAGAAUGCGAUUGAUUCUGCAAUGCAGUCUUACAAAUCCCUUUUCGCCACCAUGAAGCAACAACGCCAGCAAUUACCCAUCACAAUGUUCUUUCAAACUGUGAAUAAGACUUCAGAUGACCCCCCACAAAAACACAUGCCAGCCUCGGAUUCAUCUCUUAAUUCGCCUGAUGAUUUUCCACCUUUGAAAGAACAAUAACAUUUCUAUUGUGUAGCUCCGCUGUAUUUGUACGCUAAUUUGGCAAUGUACAUACCAAAAGAAAUGAGUAGCAAUACAGAUUGUUUAUUGGUUGGAAUGUCCUCUGACAUUAAAAAAAGGCGGAGUUAAAGACUUACAUCAGCAGAUUUAGCCAAUGAAAGUAAAGAAUAUGGUGAUGUAUCUUUAACUCCGCCUCUCUUUUGAUGUCAUUGGACAUGUCAACCAAUAAACAAGCAAAGAAACUACGCGUAGGCUACGCUACUACACAACUGUACAGUAAAUGUACUCACUAUAAAUGUGAAACAGUGUAAUGUAUUUCCACCAAUUUACACAAAAUUCAUCCGCUAUAUUCUUGCAAAUGUUUCCUGUGUGUUUAAAGUGUGUGGGAGGAUGAUUUACAGCUUAAACACUAAAAGAAAAAGUUGGGGGUGGCGUCUAUUUAUCGUGGGGUUUUUUGGUUUAUCGCGAGCGGUUUCGAAACGUAACCACGUAAACGGGGGAUUACUGUUUUUUAUUUCAGCGUAUGUGCAUCUUAUUGUACUGUGAAUGUAAUUAUUUUAUAACAGUGUGACUGUUUUAUAUCCGUUUCCAUCACUACAGCACUUAACAGCAAUACUGUCCUGAACAAUUAUAUACAUUUCUAUACA